AUGGAUUUGAUGGAGUCCCCUCUCUUCACCGUGCCUAUCAUCCUUCUUCAGACAGUCCUGGAAGAAGUCCGGCAUCGCUCGUUGCCCUUAUACAAUCGUUUGAAAGUCCUUACGACCGCCGAUGCCAAGGUUGUUGUCCUGCUAACGGAUGACGUGGAGAAUCGUACCCGUGCAGCCAAGGAAAAUAUUCCAACAAGUUCUCUCUCGAAAUACGUGGAAGGAAUGAAGGAAGCUGCCCAACUGAUAGAUGUAGUCGCAUCUCCCACCGAGAGUCCGGAGCUGCUAGUCACCGGCUCAAGACCGGAACUGUACACCCAGCACCUUCCAGCGGCGGAGUGUUUAGCUGGAAUUAAGAGUGGACACCUUUACCAGGGAUAUUUUAAUGCUAACACUUUCAAUUACCUGGAGGGCAGUGUAAAUUCUACCGUAUUCGAUCGACCUGUUUUGUUGGUCGGACGAGAGCAUAUGAAUCGUGCUGUCGAUGGUGAUGUCGUUGUGAUUGAAGUUUUCCCCAAAUCAGAAUGGAGGGCUCCAGGAGACGAAGUUAUUGAUCAAGAUGCUGCUCUGAAGAAUGAUGAUGCUGAUGAUUCUGAUGUCGAAAGUGAGGAGGGUGAAAACGAAGCUAUCAUUAAGGAGAGGGAGCUGUUGCGAAGAGAAGCUGAAGAGCGCCUAAAGAAGAAACACGGAGACGGUUCCCAGCCUACUGGAAGAGUCGUUGGUAUAAUUAAACGCAAUUGGCGCCCAUAUGUUUGCCAUAUAGACAAGACGUCAUUGACCACGAUUCUACGUACGUCCACCGCACAGCAGAGCGUCUUUGCCACACCGGUGGACCGGAAACUUCCUCGUAUCCGGAUACGCACGCGACAAGCACCGCUCCUCCUCGAUCAGAAAAUCCUUGUCACUAUAGACCGUUGGGAUUCAAAUAGUCGUUACCCAGAAGGCCACUUUGUUCGCGCUCUCGGCCAAGUAGAGAGCAAAGAAGCCGAACAAGAAAGUUUACUGCUGGAGUUUGAUGUUCCUUAUCGCCCAUUUGGUCGAGCUAUUUUAGAUUGUUUGCCCAAAGAAGGAGAGCGGUGGACCGUCCCCAACAAAGUCCCUAAUGAUCCCAUCUGGAAAGGGCGGGAGGAUCUAAGGCCAUUACAUAUAUGCAGUAUUGAUCCACCAGGUUGCCAAGACAUUGAUGAUGCUCUGCAUGCGCACAUUCUUCCAAACGGAAACAUUCAAGCUGGUGUUCACAUCGCUGAUGUUUCCCAUUUUGUGGCACCCGACACCCCGAUGGACAGUGAAGCGGCGGCACGUGGAACGACUGUAUAUCUUGUCGAUAAGAGAAUCGACAUGUUGCCUGCUCUUCUUGGCACCAAUUUGUGCUCUCUGAGACCCAAUGUAGAGCGGUUGGCGUUUUCUGUGAUUUGGGAACUGACUCCUAACGCUGAGAUCGUCAGUGUGCGAUUCACAAAAUCAGUAAUAGCAUCCAAAUCAGCGUUUACGUAUGAGCAGGCCCAAAUGCGCAAAGACGAUCCGAACCUUCAGGAUGAGAUCACCAAAUCCAUUCGACUUCUACACUCACUAGCCGUUCAAUUGAGGGCCGCUCGUAUGAGAGCUGGGGCUUUAAAUCUGGCGUCUCCGGAAGUGAGGAUUCACCUGGAUAGCUCAGAAUCGUCGGAUCCCAUUGACGUGGAACGAAAAGCUUUAUACGAGACGAACAGUCUUGUCGAAGAAUUCAUGUUACUGGCGAAUAUCAGCGUAGCAAAGAAGAUACAAGAGACAUUCCCUUUAACGGCCGUAUUGAGGCGUCACCUACCACCUCCGGCAACAGGUUUUGAGAAGCUCAAGGAUUUACUGUCAAAGCUCAAGGGCAUAGACAUAGACGUCUCGAGUUCUCGGGCUCUGGCUGCUUCAUUAGAUAAAUGCGUCGACCCGAAACAGCCGGCUUUCAACACUCUGGUUAGGAUAAUGGCCACUCGUUGUAUGCUAGCGGCGCAGUACUUUUGUUCUGGAAGCGCGUCCCCCAAUCAGUUUGGUCAUUACGGACUUGCUACUCCCAUUUACACACAUUUCACUAGUCCCAUCCGUCGUUACGCAGAUGUGUUGGUACAUCGACAACUAGCAGCAGCGAUUGGGUUCACUUCUCUACAUGGUUCUCUUCAUUCCAAAUCAUACGUCGAGAAUGCGAUGGAUGUUGUUAAUCGACGGCACCGUCUGGCGCAGAUGGCCGGAAGAGCAAGCGUCGAGUUUUACGUAGGUCUCGCACUCCAAGCCCGGAUCAAACGGCUGCCGAAGGACCCAAAUUCCUCUGUCGGAGUGUUGGAGGAUGCAUUUGUCAUCCGGGCGUUCCGUAAUGGGGUAUCCGUCUUCGUCCAUGGGUUGGGUCUGGAAGGGUUAAUCAUCUUCAGAGGCGAGGUGGAGUAUGAUGCAGAUUCGUAUCGAGUGACGAUUCCCACCCCCACUGGCAAACGGACCAUAGCUGUGUUUGACAAUAUUCGGGUCAAUAUUUAUGUCGAAAGGGAUCGGAAUACUCAGCGAGGGAAAGUUCGAAUGGAGAUUAUGUAAAGACUUUGUCAUGCUCUCGCAAUAGCAAUCGUGGCAGAA